AUGGCCCAACUGGCCUCUGGGCCGCCCGGCCAGCCCACGGCCCACUCCACGCUCUCUGUCCUACAAGGCCACUCCCCCCGACCCCAAACCCUAAAUCGCCCCACUCCUCCCACGAUCUCCCUCGCUCCUCCCACUCCCCCCCGAUCUGGAUCGGGGAUCCACCCCGACAACCGCGCCCUGCGCCACCCGACGUCGGCGCCCGUCCUCGACAGGGCCCCGCCCUGUCACCGGACCUCCUUAUCGCCCCUCCUGCCUCGCACGGCGCCCGCCCGUGGCCUCUGCCUCGCCGACACCGGAGCCCCGCGCCGCCACGACUCCGUCGCCGCCCGUCAUCUCCGUCGUCCUCCUCGACCCCCACUGCCCCGUGCCCUGCAAACCCCUCAUGAGGCCCUCCCCCUCCUUCUCCUCUGUCGCGCUCCCGCCGCGCCCAGCGAUGCUCUGCUCCGGCCGCAACCACGCCUCACGCGCUCCGGCCCCGCGCUCACCGCGGUCGGGCCGCGCCCUGGCCACGCGCUGCACCGUUCGGCCGUGCCCGUCACUCCGCGCCGACGCACCGCGCCACCGCCCUGUUUCCCCCACUGCAUCGCACGCGCCCGCGUCGCGGCUCGCACAGCAAUUGUCCCGCCGCGUGAAGUGCGCGCCCGCACGCGCCUGCGACCAGCGCCCACUGCGUGUCGUCCCACAGCGCUCUCCGCCACUGCUGCUCCUUCCCCGUGCGCCGCGCUGUCGCCCCUCCCCCUCCUCGCCCUGUCCGCUGCGGCCACCGCCCGGUUGGCUCGCGCCCGUCGCUGCCCGCCGGCGAGCCGCCCGCGGUGCCCCAACGGCCUCCGCUCAGGUCCGCCCCGUCGGACGCCCACGCUCGCCCACACCCGCUAA